CUUUUCUGUUUUUUUUGUGAGUGGGUGUUGUUUCUUUGGGGAGGGGGCAUGCAGUACGCGCUCUCCCAUGAAACCAAACUUAAAUCUUACCGGCAGAUCUAAAUGCUAGAGGCUGAAUUAUCUACAUAUAUAGCCUAUAUAUAAAAAAAGUGCAGCGCAUCAUCUGGUUUCUUUGCGGGAGGAGACGGAGACACCUUACAGCCGACUGCGGUUCGCAGUAUUAUGCCACUUACUGUGAGAUUUACCAAGUUCUUCGGACACUUUUCCAGCUGGACAGCAGUGCCCAAACAGGAGCAUCCGCUAAAGCAACCCUCGGUGCAGAGAAUACUGGUGAAACAUCUGCAGAAGCUGAUACUCCGAAUGAGAUUGAUCCUCAUCCUCCCAACUGUUUGCAGCGGGCGUGCGUAAAUGUCGGCCAGUUUGCUGCGUUUUUCCUGCACCCCGUUUGUAAUUAUCGACAGUUAAGAGGGCUUCUACUUAAAAAGGAAAAGACCGACAUGAAAAUUUAUGCAGCACUGGAUUACAGUCACUCUAAACAUCGUAAUCCUCACGGAUACUUCUGCUGAAACCUUCCUGGAUAAUCAGUGCAGUGAAGAGGAGAAAUUAAUGGACACAAGUUCUAGUCUUGCACAUUAGAAAAAGGCUUUUCUUAUCUUUUUAUUUUAGAAAAGUUGUGCAUAAUGGCCCAAAAUCCCACUGGACUCUGAAGAGCUUUUUAUGAAGAGGCUCUAUCACUGAAACACUUUUGACAUUAUUAAUGCAAUCCUGACAUUUUUUUCUUCAAAGCCUCAUCGAAAGAGUCUGAUAUUAGACAAAAAAAACUCAGACGACUUCAUGCAGACUUCAGAAGAAAAGAUAAAAGUGAGACCUCUUCAUCUCUCAUCAUCGUCUUCCAGUAUUCAGCUCCUCGCUGGGCUUUUUGUUGAAGAUGAGAAACCCAUUUAUGACUCUGAGAAAUUGCACAUCCUGGCAUUAAGGUAUCAUGAUCCGCUGGCUGCUUGUAGAGGAUGAGAUCAUCUGAAUACAAAGUUGGAUUUUUUUCUGGGGAGAAAUGGUGAACUGGAGCUCGUAGAUCAUCAGGAUUCUUAGUGAUGAACUAAAAUCAUGGACAACAUCACAGGUAAUAACACUACAACUCCAUCUUGGAAUGAGGCCACACUCCUCAGCCUUCAGGUCUCGCUCUACGUGGUGUUAGCAGUCGUCACCCUGGUAACCGCUCUCUCAAAUGCCUUCGUCAUAGCCACCAUCUUUCUGACCAGAAAGCUCCACACACCUGCCAACUUCCUCAUAGGCUCUCUCGCCAUCACAGACCUGCUGGUGUCUAUCUUGGUCAUGCCCAUAAGCAUAGUGUAUACCGUAACAAAAACCUGGUCGCUGGGACAGAUUGUUUGUGACAUCUGGCUCUCAUCUGAUAUCACCUUCUGCACUGCCUCCAUUUUGCAUCUGUGUGUUAUUGCCCUGGACCGCUACUGGGCCAUUACAGAUGCACUGGAGUACUCCAAGCACCGCACCAUGCGUAGGGCGGGGAUGAUGGUUGGGGUUGUUUGGGUGAUUUCUAUUUCUAUUUCCAUGCCUCCACUUUUCUGGCGGCAGGCCAAAGCGCAGGGGGAGCUUACAGAGUGUGUAGUGAAUACAGAGAAGAUCUCUUACACCCUAUAUUCCACUUUCGGUGCCUUCUACGUUCCCACAGUGCUUCUCAUCAUCCUCUAUGGAAGGAUCUACGUUGCUGCCCGCUCUCGUAUUUUCAAGACCCCAUCAUCCGGGAAGCGCUUCACAACGGCACAGCUCAUCCAGACAUCUGCAGGCUCCUCUCUCUGUUCUCUUAAUUCUGCCUCCCACCAGGAAGCACACCUACACUCUGGCAAUGCAGGAGGUAUUGGGGGUGGAGGGGGAGGCUCGCCUGUGUUCAUGAACAGUGUUAAAGUGAAGCUGGCAGACAGCGUGCUGGAGAGGAAACGUCUGUGUGCGGCGCGGGAGAGAAAAGCCACCAAGACGCUGGGCAUUAUUCUGGGAGCGUUCAUCAUCUGUUGGCUCCCAUUUUUUGUCAGCACACUCGUCAGCGCGAUAUGUACGAGCUGUUGGUUCAGUCCGGUGCUGUUCGAUGUCUUCACAUGGCUGGGAUACCUAAACUCACUAAUCAACCCUGUCAUCUACACCGUGUUCAAUGACGACUUUAAGCAGGCCUUUCAGAAGCUCAUUAAAUGCAGACAGAGCUUUUAGGAGGUAGAACCGGAUAAAACUGGCAAACCCUAAAAAAAUGGGUAGAUGAAUAGAAGAAAGGACAAUGAAAAUAGUAUAAGUAUAUCUAAAUAGACUUGAAAAUGAAUUUAUUUCAGUGAUUUAACUUACAAACUGAACUCAUGUUUUAAAUAGACGUAUUGCAUAAAGAGUUUCCAGCCAUUAUUUUUCUUUGUUUUGAUGAUUCUGGCUUAAAGCUCAUGAAACACCCAAAUUCAAUUUGUUACAUUACAUAUUGAAAUACAUUAUAUAUUAGGUUUCUACCAAAGAUGUGAGCUUUCUUACAGUAUGUCCAUGCACCAUGCAGUUUAUGCACUCAUAUUUGGUUGGGGCUCCUUUUGCAUUAAAUACUGAUGAUCAGCCUGUGAAUCUGUUUAAGUUUUCCAAAGGGUUUUCUUGCUUUAUGGCCCUCUGCACCUCUGAUAUAUCCCAUUUUCCCAUAAAAAGACUGUACUUUUGCUUGGACCAGUCAGCUGGAUAAUUAAGGACAAAGGUCAUUAAAGCAUCUUCUGGUAUCUUAGACAACGUGAAUAGUUUCCAAGUCCUCAGUAAACAUUUUUAUUAGUGUACCUAUAAAGCUUACCAGCAGAGGGGAGAAUAAGGAGGUCCUAAAUAUCCAGUUAGACAUCGAUACUGACUUUAAUUCUUAAUUUAAAUUUUUAAACUCUCAAAUAUUACUUUUAUUAGCCAUAAAGAUUCUUGAUUCUUGAAAAUGUAGAUUCACCUUUUUGAAAAAAGAUUUU